AUGGACCUGGACUGGCCCGCUACUAAAAAAAACAAAGAGCUUGCACUACAUUUUGUUCGAAAGGGUAUCAGACUUUCAAUGAUCUUACUUGAUAAGGACAGCAAUCAAAACUUGGAAGUAGGCUUGCGUCAAUGGACUGUUCCAGUAGGAGUCCUGCUGGACGGAAGUUGUGAGGGGGCGGAAAAUGCUCUGGAAAAAGCAUCAAAGGAGGUACUGUUCGAUGCGAUGCAUAUGUGGCUCAUCCUAGAAAACUUUGAAAAAUAUAACAGUUCAAGAAAAUUACCCAUACAUGACAUAUUACAGCGAUUGAAUUUGAGUGUUGACGCUGAUAUUGUUGUGGCUCGUAAAGAAGGGGAGGUCUAUGAACUAACAGACGUUUUUAACUUCGGAAAGAUUCAAGGCAACAAUUUAGAGAAGAAAGUAAUCGGACAAUGGAUUCCAGACAGAGGUCUGAGAGGUCUUAGGUCGUCGAAUGAAUUCAAAUAUUACGAACGCUGGAAUUUCAACAAUUUGACGCUACGAGCCAUAACUGUGAUUUUGGACCGUCCCAAAGUAUUUGAUCCUAAAAUGUUAGCGGAUCCCGGUUAUACGCCGGGAGUUUCAGUGAUGACCAAAAUUGUAACCCAGUUGCUAUGGGUUCUCAAGGACAAGCACAAUUUCAGGUUUAACUAUACUAUUGUCGGAAGAUGGAUUGGUUCGCCAGAAAGAAAUUCUACAUUGGCAGUGACCAAUGCCCUUUUCUGGGGUCAGCAAGACAUCUCAUGCACGUGUGCCAGGAUUUUCACUCAGUGGCUGGACUGGGUCGAUGUAUUUUUUCCACCGGCAACCACACUACAAACGAAAUUCUACUACCUUAUUUUGGACACAGGAGUAGGAGAUUAUGAAAACCGCUUCCUAACUCCACUAUCUCCUGGUGUCUGGUGGUGGACUAUAGCUUCGUGUAUCGCGUUCACAGUUAUAUUAGCUUUCACCGCCGUUCUAGAAGAUAGACAGGAGCCGGGGUUGUAUGCUUCGUUUAGCGUUUUCGCUAUCAUUUGUCAACAAGCCUACGAAGAUGGAAUUAAUUUGUUCGAUGAGGUUUCUUCUAGUCAAGGUCGACGUAUGAUCCUUCUAGUAGUGGGUCUGAUGAGCAUGCUGCUGUACAACUACUACACGAGCAGCGUAGUCUCUUGGCUUCUCAAUGCAGCGGCCCCCACACUUGCUGACAUGGACGCUCUUAUCAACACGGACCUUGAACUUGUGUUUGAGGACAUAGGAUAUACUAGGGGCUGGUUAGACAAUCCAGGUUUCUUUUACUACAGCGGCUACAAAAACCCGAAAGAAGAUAUUUUAAGGACCAAGAAGGUGACGAAUGCAAAACGCACAACACCGUUACUGCAGCCCGUGGCUACUGGAGUCAAUCUUAUUAGAUCGGGCCAAUACGCCUACCACACUGAACCGUAUACGGCAUAUCAAGUUAUAUCCAAAACCUUCGAAGACAAAGAGCUAUGUGAAUUGGGAUCGCUGCAGAUGAUGGCUCCAGCAUAUGUGUAUAUCAUGGCCCAGAAGCGAAGCCCAUACAAACAGUUCUUUGUUUGGAGUCUCAUGCGUCUUAACGAGCGCGGCCACUUAUCUGUGGCACGUGCGCGGGCGAGCGGAUUUACGCCAACUUGCUCCGGACAGACGCCGCGUGCUCUGGCGCUGGGGCAAGCGGCACCGGCUUUUGCCAUACUUGCUCAAGUCGCGCUAUUCUCACUACUAAUUCUAGUCUGCGAAAUUAUUUAUCACAGAAUCCAACACAGAAAGCAGAUCAGAAUACUCAAUACCGGCGAGCGUGCUCCACCGCGCCAGAAUGAUUCCGAUGGAGAGUAAAAAACAGUAAAGGGAAGAUGCUCGGGGUACGGAAGGGCUAUUUAGGGCCUUCUAACACUGCAAGCGUU